GCCGCCUCAUUCUCUUCUGUGGAUGUUAGUGCCGCUUUCUACUGACUGCCUGAUUUUCUCCGAGGAAGGUCUUUCUUUCUUUUUUUUCCCCAUCGGGCCAAAAACUCGUGAUGCUAGGGAAGAUAAGACAGCCGCGCCAUCUUCUAGGGUAAAAAUUCAAGGUAAUAUUGAAGGAGAUACCGCAGGCGUUGUCAAAUUCCUGUGCUGUGGGGGCAGUCUUACUUAGUCGCAACAAAUUUUUCCAUGGAAGGAAAGAAAAAGCGUAGGUUUGUUGAACGAAAAAGUUUUUAUAGCACUGAGGGGAUCCCGGGUUCAGUUAUGGGCAUCGUUGGUGCAGCACGGUCUUGUGUCAGCACACGACAAAGUUCAUGUGGUAUGUCUUCAAGAUAGGUCGGUGAUAGCAGCGAGUUAUUUUCGUAUAUGAGGAUGAAGCCUUUAUGGUGAUAUACGAUGCGCCAUGUAAAGACUCAAGAAGAGUGUGGGCAGCCCUAGCGAGUGGAAUAUAUCGUCCGCGCACGAGUGGUUUCUUCGAUAUUCUGCGCUGAAAACCUGGCCGACGGCCAGGGUUCUUCAGAAGUGCCUCAAGCCUAUUCGAGGUAUUAUGUGAGACCGCAAUCCAAGAACGAUAUUAGAUCAUGCUGGAGCUUUAUCUACGCCACAUAUAGCUCACUUGUAACCAUACAGGCACUGCUGAAAGUUGAGUGAGUUGGUAUGCCUGAAACUGUGGACUAUGCUAACGGCUGUACAAGGACGGCGGGAUGAACGCGAAUGCGUUACUCGUCGUGUGUACUUCUUAUUUCUUCCGUCCUCUUAGCUCCCUUAACGUGUUGUGCAAUGGCAACCAAAUACGGUUAGUUUCGAGCUUCAUACAGCGAAUGAUGUCAGCCACUGCAAGCGGGCGAAUGUGCACUCAGUUUGGCAGUUCAGUAAUAUAAUUGCCUGUUAAGGCGCAGAUGAAUAGUAUAAGGGGUGUAUAGUUAGCGCGCACCUGCUGCAGGAUGUGGUUCCUGCGCUUGCGAAGACAAAAAAAAAAAAAAAAAAGGAAAGGAGAUGAAAAUCGACAGUCACUUAAGUAUCCAUAUGGGAUCUGAAUGCGAAAACAUGCUGACGUGGUUACGUCCAUGAUACGUGACGUCAUACAUUCUGACGUAUCCUUCACGACUCUACCUUAAUCAACCUUAAUCCACCUUUCUAAGUUGUACCAACCUUAAACCCCUUUAUCCACCUCAAUCCACUUUACUUCGCCUUGAUUCACUUUACUCCACCUUAAGUCACCUUAGACUGUAACUUCUAACUUUAUUUCUGGAUUACUGACGUCAUAAAAGACGGUGAUGACGUCACUGAUGAUGAUGAUCUUUGUUACGACUCAUUGCGGACAACGCUGGCUUUUCUGGCUCAUGGGGCACAUAAUGCUUUCGCAUUAAAAAUAAAUGGCGAGCGUUGAUCCCGCGCACAAAGCCCACACAGAAGGAAUACUCGGCAUUUCACGUGGGGAGCAUUAUCGCACUGCCGUUUCAGCAGUUACAUAUAUCGCCUUUCAGGGAAGCUUCACAGAGCGAGCGUCUCGCAACGCAAUCGGUGCUCACGGCGAGCAGGUUAUCGCUUUAUCUGAAAGGGGGCUAAAAACCGUUUAUCUUUGUUCACGUGCCGCGCUGCUAUCAGUCAGGUGCACGAAUUGACGACUGUCGUUGGUUUCGAUUGCUUCCAUGACCCGCGAGAGGCUGAACCUCGCACGUGUCCUCCGCACACGCGUUGUAGAAAGGCACGGCAGCCCGCCGUGACUCAGGACACCGUAAACAUCGUUGCUUUGAAGACAGCCGCAGGAAGGCCAGGAGACUGCAGGUUACGCCGCAAGCGCUCCAGCGACGACAUUACGUCUGGGUACGGCAGAUCUCAUCAAGCCCUCAGUGGAAUUGUGUUACGCUGGCCCGUGCGCUAUCGGACCAGGCACGACCAUCCACAGAACAGAGUAUUAAUUUGCGGAACCACGUCUAGCGGUUCGCAUUGUAGCAGCAGGGGCAGGCGUAAUGCGGCUAGCUGCGCGGUCAUGCACUUGCUCCUCCUACUGGCCAUCGUCCUCGUCGUCCUAGUCGUGCUGAGCGUAACAGUCUGCCUCUGUUACGGCCUCAACUCGGCUUCCUGCAUGGCGGCCUUCAAGCUCAACUCGGCCGCCCACAGCGUGGCCGGUCUGUACAACGGCUACGCCGACCCUUCUACGGAGAGCGACGGCGCUCGCAACGGCAGCAGCAGUUCCGCGGUCGUCGCCCCCCUGGAGAGGCGCAAGUGUGGGCCGCCCGAGCAGGUCUCUUCUUACUCGAGCGUCAUCGAGUUGUACGACAGCACGUGGCAAGUCAAGGAACCGCCACCGCCUCGGAAUUGUCGCCUGGCGUCAGCCGCUUGUCGCGUCCCGUUAGACGGGCCGCUGGACGCAAAGCAACCGCAGCGGUGGCACGUCGGAGACAUCCGCGAGGGCGACGUGGUGCACGGACAAGUGACGCUGGAGAAACUCGACUUGGGGUGCAGCAGUGCGUCGCUCCUGUUCCCGGAUGCUCGUGAGGAGAACGGCGCCCUGCCCUGCACGAGGUUAGCGGGUGUCGCCGCGGUGUCCCUGCCCAGUGUCCUGAAGGGCGGCAGCUGGAACCGCAGGGAGUCGUGCUCCCCUCUCACGGACCUAGACGGUGCUGAGCGAUUCCGCUUGGAAGUGAGGUCGUGCAGCCUUCUGGAAGAAGGCCCUCGCGGCCGCCAGGUGUCACCGGUUGGCUCGUGAACGAGUGAAGUUCUGGUAUUUUUUUUUCACUCAGAAUCUCGUUCGUACGUUGUUUUCAAUAACGUGUUUGCCGUUCGUCGCACACGCGUCCAGGAUGAUAUGACUGAUGUGACAGGUUGUGAAUUUCGAUUAAACCGCUGCGAUUGCUA